CCUGCGGGUGAGGCUGGAGGAGACUGGGGAGCUGUUCCGCGUGGCCAACUGCCGCAACGACAUGACAGUGCGGGAGCUCAAAGAAGAGCUGGACCUGAUGGUUGGCAUCCCCUUCAACCUGCAGCGGCUGCAUUUCCUGGACCAAGGAACUUUGAUGGAUGACGCCACGCUGAAGUUCUACGACGUCAUCCCCGGAGCAGUUAUCUCCUUGUGUAUCUGGCAUUACGAUGGUUGGACGGAACUGGUUUUGGCCGCAGUGGAAGGGGACCCCAGUAAGAUGUCAUGUCUUGGCAUCAGCGAGGAUAGCUUCUACCGAACAGCCAACUCCCAGCAUUUUAAGGGGGAACAGUGGAGACAGUGGACGGCCCAAAGGGCGUUUGUGGCCUUGUACAUCUCUGCCCACAGAGGCCACGUGGAUGCUGUGCAGUAUCUUCUAGAACUCGGAGCAAACUGCCUGGCCAAAUCACCCCUGGGCAGGACGCCCCUGCACGUGGUCGCAGCCAUGGGCAGGACAGACUGCAUCCAGCCCUUACUGGAACGUGGUGCCUCCAUCCACGACAGAGACUUGAAGAGCGAUACACCCGUCACCAUCGCGCGGCGCCUGAAGCGAGGAAGCUUUGAGCGCAAGAUGUUCCUUCUCUACUGGAUGAUCAAGUCUGGGACCAGGGACCCUGACUUGGUAGGGAGGAAUGCUUCAGAGAAAUCCAGCCCCGGGGUCGCGACACAGAAGAGCUCAAAACUGAUCUUCUAA